ACCAUAGAAACUCGCAGUCAAUGGAUGAGAAAAAUUUCACCCAAGUGAAGGAGUUCAUACUUUUAGGGUUCACAGCUGACUUAUCGUUACAGAGUGGUCUCUUUUUCAUCUUCCUCACCAUUUAUCUCUUCAGUCUCUUGGGGAACAUCACCCUGAUUUCUCUGAUCUGUGCUGAUUCCCGGCUCCACACACCCAUGUAUUUCUUCAUUGGAAACCUUUCCUUCCUGGAUCUCUGGUAUUCCUCUGUCUAUGCUCCCAAAAUCCUUAUGACCUGCAUCUCUGAAGACAAAAGCAUCUCCUUUGCUGGCUGUCUGGCUCAGUUCUUCUUCGCAGCUGGACUGGCCUAUAGUGAAUGUAACCUGUUGGCUGCCAUGGCCUAUGACCGCUAUGUGGCCAUCUCCAACCCCCUGCUUUAUUCCCAGGCAAUGUCCUCAAGGUUAUGUACCAGUCUUGUUGCAGCUUCAUACCUUGGUGGCUUUCUUAACUCAACCAUCAUUACCAGCAAGACGUUUACUCUGACCUUCUGUGGGAACAAUAUAAUUGAUCAUUUUUUCUGUGAUCUUCCUCCCCUUGUGAAGUUGGCCUGUGAUGUGAAGGAGAGCUACCAGGCUGCAGUCUAUUUCAUACUUACCUCCAAUGUCAUUACUCCCAUCAUGCUUAUUCUCGCCUCCUAUCUCUUCAUCAUCACCGCCAUCUUGAGGAUCCGCUCUACCCAAGGUCGUCUCAAGGCUUUCUCCACCUGUGCCUCUCACCUGACAGCUGUCACCUUGUACUAUUGUUCAAUUCUCUUCAUUUACUCUCGACCAAGUACGAGUUAUGCCCUGGAAAGGGAUAAAGUGGUGUCAGUGUUUUAUACUGUGGUGAUUCCAAUGUUGAAUCCUUUGAUCUACAGCUUAAGGAAUAAAGAUGUUAAAGAUGCUCUGAGAAAAAUGGUAGACAGAGCAAAGUGUUUCUAAAUGAAAAUACUUGGUAAACAAUGGCUGUAUUUUAUUUUACAGGUUAUUUCCAUGUUAUCAUUAUCUGCUGUAUGCUCAAAAAAAAAAUCGACAAGCAAACAAACAAACAUCAUUGGAUAAUGUGGAAAAACCAGUCUGCAUUUUUGUCUUCUGAAUGUUUCUUUAAAAUAAGUGAUGCAUUUGGAAAAAUUGUUAUGUCUGUUGGCUUGGAAGUUUUAGUUUCUUAAUCCUUAAAUACCUAACAUGUAAAAAUUAAUAUUCCUUGCUUCCUAACUAGCAGGGCCUGUAUACCUUGAGGUAGAAAACUAGUGCUAAGUGAAAUAAGCCAGGCAGUGAAACACAAAUACCACAGGAUUUCACCUGCAAGUGGAACAUAAU